UUAAAUUCUUGUUUAAUAGUAUUAUCUUUUGCAUGUUAGUCUGAUUUGUUAUUUUUUUUUACUGUAUUUGCAACCAAAACAAGGACGAUGGGACUCAAAGGAACAGCUUAUGUGUUCAUGAUGCUAGCUCUAAAAACUAUCCAUUUUCUUAAACCCCAUUUGGGGUCUCAGAGUUGCUGGAGCUUGUCUCUUCUGUUGGGCCAAGGCGGAAAUACAAUCACCUCCGAAUUACAAAACAUCAAAAACAAAAUGUGUGGAGGCUGCAUUUGAAUAUUUCUGUCCUUAAAAAGCGAGUCAACAUGGUCAGAAACGUUCUCCACCUGUUGCAUGUCCGUGUCGGACGUUUAUUGUGAAAAUUUCCGGAAGUGCAGCGCGCUCACCAUCCCGCCAGUGCGCUGCGCUCGCGGUGGUUUCUGCUGGGUCCGCCCCUGUCCUCCCGAUGAAUUUCGCCCGUGCUCGUCCGGCCGAAGGAGGAAAAGGAGCACGGAGUGAGCAGGAGUCGCGCUAGCGGACACCAAACAGCAGCCGGCGCCUCCAAACCAGCUCUCCCGCUGCCGCGAGACUGUUGUCGGAGCCGCGCGCGCACAGGUGGUUCUCCGCGGCCAAACGCUGUCGGUGCGGCGCUCGGCUGUGGUCUCCCGGUGGUCUGUGGACGGAUAGUCAGCUUGGACGCCUGCCUGCCUCUUCCUCCCGCCAGUGCCGUCCUCUCAUCCAGGAUGUCUUCUAAGGCGCCCAGCUCCAACAGCGUCGCCCACGCCCGCCGGAUAGUGCAGCAGCUGAAGGUGGAGGCCGGCUUUGAGAGGAUAAAGGUAUCCAAAGCCUCUGCAGACCUGAUGACCUACUGCACCGAAAACGCCAGAAACGACCCUCUGCUCAUGGGCAUCCAGGCUUCGGAAAACCCCUUCAAGGACAAAAAGCCCUGCACUAUAUUGUAGUGGGCGCAGUGUAGCCUUUGUGUCUUUUUUUUUGGUCAUUAUUGUUGCUGUAUCCUUUUUUGGGUUGAGGGGUGGAUCGGAUCGUCAGCAUUAGGUGGAGGCGAAACCCUCGUGCGCCGUGAGCUGUGAUGUCAUCAGGUGCAGUUUUUAGUGUCAGUCUUUCCUGGAUGUGGGCGGAGACUCUGAGCCUUGGUCUAGAAACGCUCCCGUCUCCGGCGGCGUCGACUGUUAUCUGCGUCUCUGAUUUGCCUUAAGAGCAUCUGCCUGUCAGAGCGUUUGCUGAAGACCUUGCUGAUGCGUCCACCUCUCUACUGCUGGUCCACCGCGGCGAGCAGCUUCUGUCACCUCAGCUCGGCGGAGUGACGGCAGAGCUCCUUCCGUCAGCAGAGGAUGAAGAGGCCGGGGCCGGGGGGACUGACCGGGGCAUUAGAAGCCUCUGCACAGGCACUUUCAGGAGUCUCUCUGAUGCCCUCAGAGGGGCAGUUUUCUGGGAUGCCAGUACGUCGUCUAACCCUCACCGCGUGCCACAGCAGACGUCUGUCAGAGAAACCUAAAUGGAUAAUGAGCCACUCCCCCAAGACUCCGCCUCCGCUCGUCCUUUUCCUUCAGUUAACACUUGCGUCGGUGGGCGGGGUUUCGUUGUGAUUUUGUGAUCGUUGUGAUUUGCUGGGAAAGUGUCUGCUGUGCUCAAAGCGACCGUCUAAAAGUCUGAUCAAAGCCUUCACUCUAAAGCCUUACGUCUGUCGGCCUGGUGUUAGAAAUAACACGCUUAAUCAAAGUAUUUCUUUGUAUUUUAAUCUGUGGGAUGGAGGUGAUUCACAUCCAUGUUGUGCCAUUUGUCUGUCUACAUGUAAAUACCAGAAGAUGUCUCUUCAGCGGCCCGUUUGCUGUGGUUCUGGUGUCGUUGCCUUCCCCAAAGGGUACCUUCGGGUCUGCCAGACCCUGCCUUCUACUGAGUUUUUGUACGACCGUCUGCCUGCUUUUGCUGCUCUGCAAUAAAGUGAUGCCUUCAGCAGGACCGGCCACAUCAUCACUUCUGUCCAGCUUCAUGGUUCCUUUAGCGUCUGCUUCUCUACUCGUCUUUGUGAUACCAACCUUUGUAUGAAGACUUACAGACGAAUAAACUGAAACAUUCCUACAGUUCA